AGGUUGCUGUAAACUUGCGAGCAUUGCUAGGUCCACUGAGCUGUUUCCACCGAUCUACGAGUAUCCCCCCAGAAACCCCAGUCCACCUUCCUCUACCCAACUAAUGGAUCCGUCCGCCGCCGGCGCCGGCGCCUCGCGGCGGAAGGGGGAGCAGUGGUUGAGCGUGGCUGAGAAGCUCCUGGUGGCGCGCGACCUUGAAGGGUGCAAGCAGUUCGCAUCGCAGGCCCUGGCCGCCGAUCCCCACACCCCGGGCGCCGACGACCUCCACGCCGCCGCCUCCUCCCUCCUGGCAGCCCAGCGGCGCCGCCUCCCCAACGGUCAGCCUGAUCCCUACGGUGUCCUUGAUCUGGAUCCCGCAAACCCCGCAUCACGCCGGCUGGAUGCCAUCCACUCACAAUACCGCCGCCUCUCUUUCCUCCUCAAUCGCUCCCACCCCGACCGACCCUGCUCGGUCGCCCUCGCCGAAGCCGCCCGCCUCGUCGCUGAUGCCUGGGCUUUCCUCUCUGAUCCCGUUCGCAAAUCCGCCCUCGACGCGGACCUCGAUGCCGCCGCAGCAGCUCGCGCGUACCACUCUCCUCUAAAUCUACCGCAGCCGCACUCGCAGUCACCUCUGCCUGCACGGCUAACUCCGCCGGUGGCUGCUCCCUCUCAACGCCAAACCCCGCUGCCUGCUGCUCCCUCCCAGCGGUCGACUCCGCCGCUGGUUUCUCCCCCUCCGCGGGCAACAUCACCGCCGGUUGGUUCCACUGCACGGCAAACUCAGCGGCCGGUUGCCCUCCAAAUACGGUCAACACCGCCGCCGGCUGCCUCUGCUCCACGGUCUACUCCACCACCACCGGUUCCUCCUCAAACACGGUCAACACCGCCGCCGGUUGCUCCCGCUCCACGGCCUACUCCGCCACCACCUGUUGUUCCCCAAACACGGUCAAGUACGCCGCAGCCGACUACUCCCCAAACGCCUGUGGCUGCAACUGUCCCAGCAGUGAAGUCUGGUGCGGCACCUUCAUCAACAUUCUGGACAGUGUGCUCGGCCUGCUGCCACAUUCACCAGUUCGACGGCCAAUAUGAGAUGCGCAAGUUGCUGUGCCCUAGCUGCCGCCAGCCAUUUGUGGCCAAGGCAAUGGCUGAGCCACCGCCUAUUGUGCCAGGCACCGACAUGUAUUACUGCACCUGGGGGUUCUUCCCCGUUGGGUUCCCUGGGUGUCCUGGCUUUGAAAAAAUGGUCAAUGCACAGCCAUCAGGACAAGAUCACUUGAAUGUGCCAUGGCUUGGAAGCACAGGUGGUGUGAAAGGUAAUGCUCAGAAUGGAAUGCCACCAGUUAGUGCCCCAGUAGUAGAGGUACCAGAUGAGAUUCCGAUAGAGGUGCCGGCAGUGACACCGCCAGCAAAGCCGAUGCGAGUGAAGGUGGGUGCGAAGAAGCGUGGUCGCCCCAAGGGUAGCAAGAACAAGAAGAAAUUAUGAAUGCUAAUGAUGAGCAUUAUGGUUAUCAUCAUCAUAGAUCAGAUGGAUUAACUGAGAUAUGCAUUCAAUCAUACUGCCAUUGUAGUCAACUGAAGCACUCGUCUGCAGGUUGAAUUCUCACUUGCUGUUGGCAGGAUCUCUAAUGUGGAGCAAGCAAUUUUAUUGUUGAAAGACUUCUUUUUCAGUGGAAGAAUUCUUUCUUUUCCAGAUUAUGAUGUUAAUCUAUGGUUUGUCCCCACUGCUUUACUUGCCAUUAUGCUUUAGCUGUAGCUAUUGUAUUUGCAUAUUUGUCUAAUCUCACUGCUGCCCUGAAGACUGUUGUAUUGAUCUAAAAUGAUAAGGUGUCUAGAUACUGUUUAUUGUACAUUUGAGUUUGGUGCUAUUGUAAGAUCUGCUCUGUGUAGGAAUGCUGCAGUAAAUGGAAUGGUUUAAAGCUCUAUCUUUUAAUGUGAAUUCUGCUUAUGCUUUUCAGUA